AUGCCUGGCCCAAUUCUCCUUCGACAAAACCCACAGCCAGACGACGAAACAUGGGAGUUUACUUUCGAUCCUAAAUCUCUGUCCGUCCUGCAAAGACAGGGAAUCAGCUACGGAAAACUCGUCACGCUGCGUCCGAAUGGAAUCUUCCUCCAGAUGGAGCAGUUUCCUUCGAACAGAGUUCUCAACUUGGACGAAGGAGGUCCUAGCAAAUUUGUCCUCCUUUCCAUCGACCGUUUGUUCAGAUUCGAGGAGCAACCAAUGAAAGUCGUUGUUCAAUAUAUCAUUCGCCUAUUUAAGAGGGGUUUGUGGUUGAAUGGUGUUCAGUACAGGUUCUACGGGCACAGCAACAGUCAACUGAGAGGGCGAUCUUGCUUUCUUCGAGAAGCAAACUCUGACAAAGAGUUGGACGACAGGAUUUACCAAAUGGGCGACUUUGCGCGAAUUAUGAACGUUGCAAAACGUGCCAAACGGAUAGGCCUCAUGUUCUCGUCUGCAGACAUUGACUACAGCCUUGACCCUCGACGUGUUGGCGACAUUCCCGAUAUCACAGAUGGAGAUGAAGUCUUCUCUGACGGUUGUGGGCUCAUCUCAAAAUGGCUCGCCGUUCAGCUCAGCAAGAGGAAGAAAAUUAUUUUUCGAGGAGUAAGGUACACGCCUACGGUAUUUCAAAUUAGGUAUCUGGGAUACAAAGGUGUGCUGAUGCUCCACCCUGACCUUGACAAAAAUGGUCUGGAACACGUCGCGCAAUUUCGAAAGAGCAUGAAAAAGUUUACUACCACGGUCGACCACACAUUUUCCGUUGUAGGACAUUCCAAGCCAUACUCCUUUGGUCGACUCAACAACGACAUUAUAGUCCUGUUAUCCAGCCUUGGUGUACCUGAUUCCGCUUUCCUCCAAAAGCAACAGGAAUAUUUUGACUGGAUCAUGUCUGUUUCCGGAUCCGAGGACAAGGAGCCGGAUCCAGUCAGCGCAGUAGACUUUCUAUGUUGUCUAUCCGAAUACUCGCUCGCUGAACGACUCCUUCUCGAGGGCAUUGACAGCGAGCCGGUGAAGCGUGAGAUACGCAGGUUGCAGAACUCAGAGGUCGCGAGUUCCCGCCAAGAAGGCACCAACAAGUUCAAAUCGAGGAUAAUGGUACAUAAAUCGCGUCGAUUGUAUGGAGUGUGUGACCCCUAUCAAGUUUUGGAAGAAGGCCAAGUUCACAUUCGUAUCUCUGUUGGGAGGAGAGGAGCCACGACACCUAUACACGGGGAUGUAAUCGUGGUGCGAAAUCCUUGUCUGCAUCCAGGCGACAUUCUCAAGUUGCGUGCCGUAGAUCACCCCAAGCUUUCCCAUCUUUUGGAUUGUUUGGUGUUCGCUAGUGUGGCUCGACCAGGGCACAAGGCUGCCCCAUCAAUGAGUAGCGGUGGAGACCUAGAUGGUGACGAAUUCUUUGUUUGUUGGGACAAAGACAUCAUACCUACCACGAUCGCAGAGGCAAGUAUUCGAUUAAACUCUUCUUAUGAUUAUCCCGGGAACCGCGAACUUACCAAAAAGGAUAUCACUCGAGCAGACCUCGGCACUCAUUUUGCAUCCUAUACAUCGUCGGGAGUAGCAAAGGUGUCUUCCCUACAUGCUAAGUGGGCUCGCAGUAGCCCCAAAGGAGCACUUUGUGUCGAAUGUCAAGAACUCAAUGCCCUACACUCUCAGUCCGUAGAUGGAGCUAACAUUAGAAUUCCAGAAAAGCUCUCCACGCCGCCUCCGCCACCACCAGGGAUGGUAUAUGUUCUCGAUGUAUUGGAGGAAGCCUCUGAGAAAUUCGCCACCAAAUUCUCUGAAGCGACGUCCCGUAGAACGGAAAUCACGACAUUGACUUCCAGAGAUGAUGGGGAACAGCUCCUGAAACGAUUGCUACAAAGCGAACAGAACUCUUUGUCCGAGUUUGAACUCUUCAAUCUGGCAUAUAGAUUAUCACAGAAGCAUAACAUCAACAUACGGCCUUAUCUCUCGCAGCUCGACUUCUCAGCAUUGACGACUGAGCAGAAGCAUAUCAUCAGCUCCGUUCUAUCGCUUUCUGACAUCGAGUACCCAGAGCUAUGGAAUUCUCUAGCAAGAUCAGAUAUUCUUACGCCACAAGAUUUAUAUCAACGCAACUUGGGUCGACCGUUCGCAAUAAGUCGUCUUUACUCGUCGCGCAACAGUGGUUUAGUGACCUUUUUUGGGUACCUAAAAAGGGCUACUCAAGAGUAUACCAGAAAACUUCUUAUUAUCCAGACGGACCCAAGGUUUUCCAUAGGAAUAUUUAUGCGUGGUAAAAUUCCUUGGGAUGAGGAUCUUGAAGUAAAAGAAUCGAAUAAAGAUGGGGACGCAAUGAAUGUGGUCGUAUGUUCGUUCAUGCCUAAAACGGCGUCUAAUAUCGCCACUCUUCGCACUUGCCAGACGGGCUACAGACUUCACUGCAGUGAUUAUCGUUUCCAACUUUAUGAAAGGAGUAUCGGGAACACGUUUGUCUAUAUCAACAAAUCCCCAGCCGAAUUGCAGGCCCAAGUAUCCACGAGUAUAGCACUGGAUAAAAUUUCACGAACGGUUCAAAAACAACUCGGGCGCGUCAAUAAAGCUCCUGCAUUAAACAUCGAACUUCAUGUGGUGUCCAACCGCGAUCGCGUCGCCCAUCAGCUUUUUGACUUGUGGUUUGAACAUGUCCCUACCGAAGAGUAUGAGCGGCGCUUCCAGCGCGAUCCAGCUCCUUACCGACAAAAUGAUCUCAAAGACGUUGACUGGAGCUCGGAGGAAGUAUCGAACAUGAAAGAUGUAUUUUUUCGCAACAUACCUGGUAUCCCACUAGCUUCAAACAGGCUGAAACACAAUAAGGAGAGCAUGGAGGAACAACUUUCACGGCGCAUGAUGCCAGAAAUUGACAAGAUUAUGGAGUUUGCGAUAAAUCACCAUGCGGAAGACGAGAUAUUCCUUGUGUUCGGAUCGGUCAUUGCACGUCAGCCCAUUCCCCUUGACUUCAUCGAACAGUGGAUGGGCAGAUACCCGACCUUGGCAUUUACACUCCUGCAAAUCUACCCUCCGAACGACAACGGUGAACUCCUCCCAGAGCUUGAGGAAAUAUCGUACCUCAUUGUACGGAAUGUUAUCAGGUCCGCAAAUGAGACAAAAAUAGCUGCUCUGGUUGCGCUAGAGAAACUUGCAAAAUCUAUAGGCUCCAUGCCCCUUCGCCAUUACAUGGACUUACUUAUGCUCGCUGCGUUAUCCGUUCGUGGAAAAACCCUGGUUCAAGAAGUAUUUUUCCUUCUGAACGACGGGCGAAAAGCACAUUGCCCCCCAUCACCUAGAGAUGAAUACGGACAGAAACAUGCCCUGGGUGUGGCUUUUGAUAGAGCAGAUGAAGCAGCGGAGGAGUGUCCAUGCAACGAGGAUGGUCGGCCGCAAAGAAAGAUGCGCGUACCCCCCUCACACGCCAAGUUAAAAUUCGAUCCAGAUUAUGCCAACAAGGGAGAGGUCACGGCUACAAUCAGAAUUGACGCCAAAACUGCUGUCCGCCUUCACUCCCAUGUUCGACUGCAAGCCGCCUCUCGAGCAGAGAAUCGUUGGAUUGAUGCACCAAUUAUGGAUGGUGUUGUCGUGCAAGCCAUAAAAGGCGAAUUAAAGAUAAAGUUAUUUCAUCCUGCGCCUCCUGAAAUGGAAGUUAUGGAUUGGAAUUUAUAUGAUGCAGGGACUACAGCCACUAGCAAUGCGAUGAUGGAUGCUAUUCAGCGCCUCCUUCACGAUGACGAAUGUUGUCUGUUCUACGGUCUCAUUAUUGGUUCUGGUUCUAUUGUUAGUGAUGCUGCCGAGUUCAGAGACUUCGAUGAAUCCCAGCUCAGUCCAACAUCAGGGCUGAAUGAAAGUCAGAUAAGAGCCAUCGAAUCAUGGAGAAAUCCCCUGUCACUGAUCUGGGGACCACCCGGUGAGUAG